UGUUCAUCUAGAAAUGUGCACGUAAUGUACCAAUAAAUGCUCCCAAAAUACAAUAAAUACAAUGCUACUUCAAAACCACUACUAGCUUCCUCGUGUAAUAACACAUCAACUGCUCCUAAAAAUUGUAGUUACCAACAACACCUCAAAACUCAUUCAGCAAAUCCUCACAAUUACAAUUACUCCAAUUUGUUCUUCAAUUGCUUUUCACUCUCUCACCAUGUCUUCCAUAGAGAUGGUUUCUGCUAGUGCCAUCAAGCUUCCUUACCAAAUUCUAAGGCAUGAGCCAUGCUCUGAUGAUGAAAGAGAUCAAAGGGUGAUCCUUAGGCCGAAGAAGUGGUGUAGGCCUAGAGGGGUGCCAUUGAGGAGAAGGUUUAGGGUGAAAGUGCCUAGCUGGAGAAGAGUGUGGAUGAUAAAAAAAGUUAUGCUUGUGUGUGCUAAGGUGAAGAGAAGGUUCAAGGAGGGACAGGGUCAUUUUGGUGAUCUCUUUGCUGGGAACUAUGUGUUCACUCAAAUCAAUCCUACAUCUCUCAAGUAUCUUGAAAACAAGUUGGCUCGAGCAAAAAUUGCUUGAUGUUUGUAUUUAUAGUCUUGAUUGGGGAUGAACUCAUUCAAUGAUGGGUUCUGAUUCCAGCUAAGUCUUGUUUUCUCUUUGUUUUUCUUAAUGUUCUUUGCUUUCUUUUGAUUUAUAUAGAAAUGCAAGAUGUUUCUUGUUGCUCCCUUAG